UAGGGAUUUGUGAUUUGUUUUCUGUGUUAUAUACCACGUAUAAGCAAAGAUAUUGUAAGCUAGGUCUGAUAGCCGGGUUAGAUAACAAUGUCACAAUCUGACUCUUCUCCGACGAAGAAACAGAAGCUGGAGGAUGGUUUAGGUAAAGGAAAAUCUCAGAACGAGAUUGGUGCUGUAGGGAUUCGAGAAGAGAAAGAUAAUAUUGAAGUUGAGAAUGCUAAGAAUAAAAGUCCACACUACGAUCCUUGUGAAAGUGAAAGCGGUGCGCCGAGUUUCUUAGUUUCUCGAUUGCUUCACUUCCUUGACUCUCCUGAUUAUGAAGUUAAGAAUGAUAAGCAUGCACAUUACGACCCUUAUGGUUAUGGUGGUUCUCGUUUUGGAACUGGAUCCGAUCUCUCAGAUUACAUCCUUAAAUCUCCAACUUACAGCCCUACCUCUCCUAGUUACAGCCCUACCUCUCCUAGUUACAGGCCUAACUCUUCUAGUGACAGCCCUGACUCUCAUAGUUACAGCCCUAUCUUGAGCUCUCCUCCUGAAGAUUAUGGUUAUGGUCCUGACGACAUUGAAGCUGGAAAAAUGAAAACUGAUCAACUCAAGGAAAUUGGGGAUGGAAGUAGCCAUGUGGAUGGUAGAAAUUACCACAAGGCUGAGACCACUCGCACAAUUCAUGUCUCAUGUCCAAAGGUGGAUCUACUGGUUGGUGCUGCGGCGACUUUACGGUUUCUUCAGCACAACCUUUGUGCUCAAAUCCGUAUUUUGAAGGAUUCAGAGGUUGAUUUGAAGUCUGCACAAAGACCAGUGGAAUUAACUGGAACUGUUUUACAGAUAGAGUUUACUCAGCAGCUUAUCGAGUCUGUUUUAGCAGAGGAGAAUCAUGAUGAAACCCAUGGAAGAGGAAAGUAAGAAAUCAUCUUCUCAGAAAGAUUGUGGAGCUCUUACUAAGUAAGUCCCCAUGCCCAGUCUGAACAUCCCACGUGUGAUAGCUGCAACCUCUCCAAGGAUAUGAAGUUUUUCAUGUGUUGAAAUGUAUUGAAUUUUUUUAUUUUCUGGUUAAAAAAAUGUAUUGAAUUUUUUAUUUGCAAGUUUGAUCAAAUUUAUAUU